AUGGAAAUUCUCUCGACCCUCAAAGUAAUUCUCGAAUCAAGAACCUAUUCAAUCCACAAUUUCCAAUCAUUUGGGUACCAAAAGCUUUAUCAGUAUUUAUUAUUCAGAUCAAUUGCAGAAUUUCUUGAAGAUUCCAGCCCAUCAUUCCAAUUGAAAUGUCCAUAUUUAAAUGACUGGGUUCUGAUCAAUGAUGAGGACACACUGAAUACUUAUAUAAAGCACAGUGUUUCACCCUUAGUUUAUGUGGUUUAUCCUGGUAUUUUCUAAUUAGAUGCCCCUUGUGUGAUUAGGAUUGAGACUUAUAAUUUAGCAAUUUUCGGGAUGCAUGCGAAUUGGGAUCAAAGAGUCCAUAUGAUUGCACAGCAAAUAAAGCAAAUCAGUCCAGACAUAUUAGGGCUGCAGGAAGCCAAAUAUGAUCCUUUUUAUGGGCUGAGCAAGAGUGAAAGAGCAUUAGUAGAAGAAAAUGAAAAAAUAAGAUUUGAAAGACAUAUGAUGAAUGAUUUAAUGGCACUGCUGCCUGAGUAUCCUUAUUCGUAUUGAUGUGAUUCAAUGCAUUAUGGAGACGGCUCUAUUGAAGGAAUUUCUAUUGUAUCGCGUUUUCCUAUUAUUGAUAUUAAAGCAACCAAGCUUUCUUCUGCUAAUGAUGAUGGAAACCAAAGAUCGUGCGUAAGAGGAACGAUAAAUCACCCUAAAAAAAGAAUUUUCUUUUAUAAUACACAUGUCACUUAUGGCACUAAUGGACAAAAUACUCAAGCAGCUGAAAUUCUCCAGUUUAUGGACUCUGAAAAAGAUAGGCAAAUCCCUCAAAUUUUGGUAGGCGACAUGAACUUGUACCAGCAUUAUCAGUCGCCAGCCCACAUUUUUGAAGGGAAAUUGAACGCGUCAAGUCCUCCUACAAAGCUAAAAGACGCAUGAAGCAUUGUGAGAGGAAACGAAGAAGGCUUCACACAUCCCAGCUGGAAUCCCCAGGACCGGCUUGAUAGGAUUUAUUAUAGGAACCUUGAAGACCCUUUUAUCUGCGAAAUUUCAGGCUACGCCGAAAGCCCCACCGUAUGGCCUUCUGACCAUUGCACUUUAUAUGCUGAUUUUAUUAUUUCAAUUUAA